AUGAGCGCAGAAGACCCCGUCAUCACUUACGAUGGCAAGGACUAUAAGGGAGUCAGGGAGGGCAAGGCCACCAUCCUGGUCCCUGCUGAAGCCGCGGGAAAGCAAGGGAAACAACAGGUCUUCUACAACCCCAUUCAGCAAUUCAACCGUGAUCUUUCAGUUCUUGCUAUCAGGGCUUACGGCGAGGAGGUGAUUGAGAGGAAAGCUGCGCAGCCGGCCUCUAAGCGCAAGGAGAAGAAGAGGCGGCGCGCUGCUGGUGACGAAGGUGGCGACAGGCCAGCGAAGGUCCAGGUCACGAUCGACGGCAACCCGGAGGAGGGCACCAGUGGGGGAGCCCAAACCACGCAGAUUGAAAGCGUUGAGGCGGAGAGAAAUGAAACGAUUUCGGCUGUCAGCGAAGCGCCUACGACGACAACCGAAUCCAAGGACGAGGACAAGCCCGCUGUUGAGAAGAAAGCCCCGCGUUUUACUAUUCUUGAUGCUCUUUCGGCUUCCGGACUUCGCGCCUUACGCUACUCGCACGAGCUGCCAUUUGUGACGUCUGUAACGGCCAAUGAUCUUACCAAAUCUGCCGUCGAGUCGAUUAAAUUGAAUGCGAAGCACAACGGGCUGGAGGACAAGAUUCAGGCCAACCACGACGACGCCAUUGCUCACAUGUACAGACGCAUUGCUGACGACCUCUCGAAGCGAGAUCGCUUCGGCAACCCUAGCAAGGACAACAAAUACGACGUAAUCGACCUUGACCCGUAUGGAACUGCUGCACCCUUCAUCGAUGCCGCUGUUCAAGCCGUCAGGGAUGAUGGCGGUCUUCUCUGCGUCACCUGCACGGACGCCAGCCACUGGGCUGGCCACUGUUACGCAGAGAAGUGCUUUUCGCUGUAUGGCGGUGUCCCUAUCAAGGGUCUCCAUUCUCACGAGGUUGGUCUGCGGAUCAUCAUCCAUGCGCUGGCGAGCGCCGCAGCAAAGUAUGGUUUGACCGUCGAGCCUCAGCUAUCUCUGUCGAUCGACUUUUAUUGCCGCAUUUUCUUGAAGGUCCGCAAGUCGAAGGAUGCCGUAAACUACCAAGGAGGCAAGACCAUGAUCAUGUACAACUGCCCUGGUUGCUCGGCAUGGGAGACGCAGCCCAUGGUGCGAACUCGGCCCUACCCGAAGAAGAAGGACGGUUUCUUCUACAAGCACGGUCUGUCCCAGGGCCCUCCCACCGACUCGCAUUGCGAACACUGUGGUUCGUCCCAGCAUAUCGCGGGUCCCAUGUACGGUGGUCCGCUGCACAAUACCGAGUUCAUCGAGCGCAUCCUCGAUCUCAUUCCCAAGGUUGAUAAGAACGUUUACCAGACAACCGCAAGAAUAGAGGGCAUGCUUCAAACAGCUCUGGAAGAGUAUCUCCCUGGUCCAGAGCCUGAAGUCGCUCUUGACCCCAAGGACAAGGAGCUGGCCAAGGUAGACCAUUACCCUUUCUUUAUUAUGCCCAGCAAGCUCGCCGGUACACUCAACACGCAGCAACCACCCGAUGAUGUCUUCAGGGGAGCCUUGAAGCACCUCGGUUAUCGCGUCACCCGCAGUCACUGCCGGCCCGGAAGCGUCAAGACGGACGCGCCUUGGGAGGCGAUUUGGUGGAUUAUGCGAGAAUGGGUUCGCCAGAAGGCCCCUGUUCGCACGGACAAGAUCAACCCGCAGAUGCCAGCAUACAGGCUGUUGGGCCUGGACAAAACGGAAGGCAAUAACGAAGUGAAGACAACCACAACGGAGGCGUCGCAGGGCAACAAGACGGACGUGGAGAUGAAGGAAAGCUCGGAGGAAACGGAGAAGGCGGCGGACAAAAAGAGUGAGGAGAACGGCCUCUCCCAGGAAGAGCUGCGGAAGACGCUCGUAUUCGACGAGAACCUGGCAAAGCUAGGCAAGCGAAUACAGGGAAAGAAGCUGGUCAGAUACCAAAUGAACCCUCGAGAUAACUGGGGCCCCAUGACGCGAGCAAAGGGACAGUAA